AUGCCUACCUACCUUGUUCACGGUUUCCGUUGGCACAGAACUAAUAUUCGCAUUCAUAUAAUUUUGAAUGAUAUCGAGGAUGCAAGUCCAGAAUGGUUAAUGGCACCCCGGACCUCGAAUGCCCUCCUCAAUUCCUUUUACACACAAUUCGAUUUCCUUCCACCAAGCUAUCCAGGCCCCAUAGACCUCUCAGCCGAAUCAGCUCCCAGAGAAUCGGAUUAUCUACCCCCAAGCUCUCCCUCAAGAACUCUCACCAAAAAAAGCAAUCAAUCUCCAGCCUCGUUGAAAUCGCCUUCUCCAAAUGAUAAGCCGAGCUUAACGUUAAAGAAGAUUACUUCUCAUCGACGAAACAAAAAUAGUUUUGAAUCGGAAGCUUUACACAGUAGAUCUGCAUCUGGAUCUACCAAUCCGAAUUCGAGUGGGCCACAGGCUAAAGAGAUGGAAAAAUCAUUGCGCUUUAAUCAAUGGAGUGUGAUUAAAUUACUUGAACAAUAUGAUCCGGAUGAUUUGAAGACAGCCAGUCAACCGUGGGCUUAUGUAUCAGAUUAUAUAGUUGAAGUUGGAUUGGGAGUUAGUAUAUCCGAAGAAGUGAAGAAGUAUAAAGAAAAGCUUACGGAAGAAGAAAUUGUUCCCAGUGCUGCUGAAGAAUUAGGAAUGAGUGCAGGAGAGAUCAGGAGGAAAAAUAAAAGAGCAGGUUGGUUUGAUAGAUUGAGGCAAAAUUUGGAGAUGAGUGAGGAAAUGGUUUUUUAG